UAGCAAACCGCAUGAAAAUCAAACUAAAGUAAAUUCAAAACUCAAAAGCAUAGCUGCUGAUCAUUACACAAUAUUAACCAUUUCCAAGUCAUUCUUUUUUAACACUUGAAACAAAAACACGAUAGAAAAGAAGACAGUACUUAAUUAUUCAGACUCAUCACAAUCAAGCUCAAGCAUUAAGGCUGGACCGGAGGAGGCUUUUAAUACUACGACUACUUGGCAUACGGACUCGGCGGCACCUUCGACGGUGGUGAUGGCUGGUAAUAUGGCGACGGUGGUGAAGGCUGCUUAUAUGGAGUUGGUGGCUGCUGCUUGUACGGUGGUGACAGCUUCCCUUUAGGAGGUGAAGGCGUAAAAUAUGGCGUUGGUGGCGGCUGCUUUUGAGGCGGAGGGUAUUGAGGAGAGGGCGGUGGGUACUUGGAUGGAGGAGGAUGCUUAUGAUAAGGAGGCCUAUGAUGGUAAGAUGGGGGUGGAUGUACAUAAGACGGUGGUGGGUAGCCGUGGGUGGGUGGCGGUUUAUGGUGGUGAUGCGGUGAUGGGGCCUUGGGAGUGUGUGGUGGUUUGUGGUGGUGAUGCGGUGAUGGGGCCUCCGGAGUGUGCGGUGGUUUGGGGUGGUGGUGGUGUGGUGCCGGGGCCUCGGGCGUGCAUGGUUUGUGAUGGUGAUACGGUGACGGGGCCUUGGGACUGUGUGGUGGUUUGUGAUGGUGAUGGGGCGAUGGGGCCUUCGGUGUGUGUGGUGGUUUGUGGUGGUGAUAAGGUGACGGGGCCUUGGGACUGGGUGGUGGUUGGUAUGGCGGCGUUUUGCCACGAGAGGGUGGCGGAUAACCACAAGGAGGCGGUGUUUGGUAGGUUGGUGGUGUGUAUCCGUAUGAGGGUGGUGUGUAACCACGAGAAGGCGGAGGGUAACCGCGAGAGGGUGGUGGAUAACCGUAAGAAGGCGGCGUUCGGUAGGUUGGUGGUGUGUAACCUGGUGAGGGUGGUGAGUAACCACGAGAUGGCGGAGGGUAAACAUGAGAGGGUGGCGGAUACCGAUGAGAUGGAGGUUGGUAACCAUGAGAGGGUGGUGCAUAACCGCGAGAGGGAGGUGUAUACGGGUGGGAUGGCGGUUGGUAGCCAUGAGAGGGUGGUGUAUAACCCCGAGAGGGAGGAGGAUGGUAACUGUGAGAGGGCGGUGUAUAACCCCGAGAGGGAGGAGUGUACGCCGGAGAGGGAGGUGGAUAUUUGUGUUUGUGAUGGUGUUCAUGAGGUGGUGGAUGGUGUUCUUUUGGUGGUGAUUCAUAAGGGGCUAAGGGUGUCCCAGCAGGUGGUGGAUAGUAAUAACCACCACCGCCACCACCAUACUGGGUUUUAGGAUCAUUGACAACAUCCUCGGCGGUGCUUGGCGUCGCCGCCACCACCAGAAGGAAAAUGAGGACACAAGAAGUGUACUCCAACUUCAUCUCAUAAGGGGUACUGGUCUAGUGGAGUGCUAGUGAAUACUGCUAGUGACCUAGUAGUGUGUUU